AUGUCCAUUGACUUUCCCAAGGAAGAGGUAGCGACCAUCGAGCGAUGGCGCGCCAUCAAUGCAUUCCGCCGCCAGCUGGAACUAUCCCAAGGUCGACCACAUUAUACGUUUUACGAUGGUCCUCCCUUUGCAACCGGCCUGCCCCAUUACGGCCACCUGCUGGCGUCGACAAUCAAAGACAUCAUACCUCGGUACUGGUCUAUGAAGGGCUACCACGUUGAGCGACGCUUUGGAUGGGAUACCCACGGCUUGCCCAUUGAACACGAAAUCGACAAAAAGCUGGGCAUCUCCGGAAAGGCUGCCGUCACCGAGUUUGGAAUCGAAAAAUACAACCAAGAAUGUCGUGCGAUAGUCAUGCGGUACUCUUCCGAGUGGAGGCUCACCAUUGAGCGUCUUGGUCGUUGGAUAGAUUUCGAUGACGAUUACAAGACCAUGGAUCCCAAAUUCAUGGAGUCUCUCUGGUGGGUCUUCAAGCAGCUGUUUGACAAGGGUCAAGUGUACCAAGGCCACCGGGUGAUGCCUUAUUCCACCGUGCUCACAACGGCACUGAGCAACUUCGAAGCCAAUCAGAAUUAUCAAGAUGUGACUGAUCCAGCCGUCGUCGUGUCCUUUCCUCUCCUAGACGACCCGAGCGUUCAUCUCCUUGCGUGGACCACAACCCCGUGGACUCUUCCCUCUCACACCGGUCUCGCCGUACAUCCAGACUUUGAGUAUCUCAAGCUGCGAGACGAAAAGUCCGGCAAAGUCUACGUCAUUCUCGAGAAGCUCCUAUCAACGUUAUACAAGGACCCCAAGAAAGCCAAGUAUUCUGUAAUGGGAAAGAUCAAGGGCAAAGACAUGCUGGGAUGGCGGUACAAGCCUCUCUUCGAUUAUUUCUACGACGACUUCAAAGACCACGGUUUCCGUGUGCUUAAUGCUACGUAUGUCACGGCGGAUAGCGGUACUGGAAUCGUGCAUCAAGCGCCUGCCUUUGGUGAAGAGGAUUACAACGUUGCCUUUGCGGCCGACGUCAUCAACGAGAAACGACCACCUCCAGAUCCUCUUGACGAUACGGGACACUUCACAGCCAAAGUAUCCGAUUUUGCUGGAAUGCACGUCAAAGAAGCGGACAAGCACAUAAUCAAAUAUUUAAAAUCAACUGAUCGAUUAGUUGUCGAGUCACAAUUGCGCCACUCCUACCCAAUGUGUCCUAGGUCCGACACGCCCUUGAUAUACCGUGCAGUCCCCUCGUGGUUCAUUCGAAUUCCCGAAAUCAUACCGGACAUGCUCAAGAACAUUGAAGGGUCGCAUUGGGUGCCUUCUUUUGUCAAAGAGCGUCGGUUUGCCAGCUGGAUUGCCAAUGCUCGUGACUGGAACGUUGGCCGGAAUCGCUACUGGGGCACUCCGAUCCCUCUAUGGGUCAGUGACGAUAUGGAAGAAAGGAUCUGCAUUGGAAGCGUCGAGGAACUUCGACAGCUGAGCGGGUACGAGGGCGAACUGCACGACCUGCACCGGGACAAGGUGGAUCAUAUCACCAUCCCGAGCAAAUCGGGCAAGGGGGUUCUAAGGCGAGUUGACGAAGUCUUUGAUUGCUGGUUCGAAUCCGGCAGCAUGCCAUAUGCCAGCCAACACUACCCGUUCGAAAACGUUGACAAAUUCCAAAAGACCUUCCCCGGCGACUUCAUUGCCGAAGGUCUUGACCAAACGAGGGGAUGGUUUUAUACUCUGCUCGUUUUGGGAACACAUUUAUUCGGAUGCUCGCCCUUUCAAAACUGCGUCGUAAACGGAAUUGUUCUGGCAGAAGACGGGAAAAAAAUGUCCAAAAGACUCAAAAACUAUCCCGACCCCUCCCUCGUCAUGGACAAACACGGGUCUGACGCUUUGCGGCUCUAUCUCAUCAAUUCUCCCGUCGUCCGAGCUGAGCCGUUGCGGUUCAAGGAGUCUGGCGUCAAAGAAGUAGUUCAGAAAGUUUUGCUUCCUCUGUGGAACAGCUACAAGUUCUUUGAAGGUCAAACUGCUCUCCUCAAGAAGACAGAAGGGGUAGACUACGUGUGGAAUCCCAACAUGGAAUCAGAAAACGAGAAUGUUAUGGAUCGAUGGAUUUUGGCGAGUUGCCAGAGUCUCUUGGAGUUCAUCAAUGAGGAAAUGCGAGCAUAUCGGCUCUACACCGUUGUGCCUCGUCUGUUGGAACUCAUUGAUAAUACCACCAAUUGGUACAUUCGCUUCAACCGUCGGCGGCUUAAAGGAGAAAACGGUUUGCAAGAUACUCAGCACGCCCUGAAUGCCUUGUUUGAGGUUCUGUACACUCUUUGCCGUUGCCUGGCCCCGUUCACACCGUUCUUAUCGGACACGAUUUACCUCAAACUGUUGGCCCAUAUCCCCAAGGCACUUCAGGCCGAAGACGCCCGAAGCGUACACUUCUUGCCCUUCCCAGAGGUCAGACAGGAGCUAUUCAACUCGGAGGUUGAAAGAAGAGUCACACGAAUGCAACGUGUGAUUGAUCUAGCGCGGGUUUCACGAGAACGGAGAAGCAUCGGCUUGAAGACGCCAUUGAAGACAUUGGUAGUCAUACACCAUGACGCCCAGUAUCUGGAAGACGUCAAGUCCUUGGAAAACUACAUCACAGAGGAGCUGAAUGUCAGAGACCUCGUUCUUUCUGGCGACGAAGCAAGCUACAACGUUCAAUUGAGUGUCACAGCCGACUGGCCUGUGCUCGGCAAAAAGCUUAGAAAGGACAUGGCGCGCGUGAAGAAGGGCCUUCCUGAUUUGACCAGUGAGGAGGUGCAAAAAUAUCUGCAAACUGGACACAUCUUGGUGGAUGGUAUCCGGCUAGAAGCUGGGGAUUUAGUUGUUCGACGUGGGCUGCGGGAGGAGGCUGCAUCGAAAAAUCUCGAAAUCAACUCUGACAAUGAUGUCCUCACGAUUCUGGACGCGGAACUCUACCCAGAGCUAGCUCAAGAGGGCAUAGCUCGGGAAAUUAUCAACAGAGUCCAGAGGCUUCGAAAAAAGGCGGGUCUUCAAGCUACAGAUGACGUGAAGAUGGAGUUCAAGGUGCUUUCUGACCCCGAUGAUAUCGGCCUGGCCGGGACUCUAGCCUCUCAAGCAAGCGCGUUUGAGAAGACCUUACGAAGACCGUUGGAACCAAUGGGGGAUGGCGAUAACAUGCAUAAUGUCAUCGCCGAGGAGGAACAGGAAGUGCAACGAGCUACCAUAUUAUUGCGCUUGUUGAGCAUUUAG